CUUCUAAGAAAAUACCCAUAAAUGCUUCUUAUGUUAUUUAUACUGAUGAAAGCGGUCAGCUCAUAACUCCGAUCGGCGGUUAUUAUAUCACACACAGUGUCCUAUACUUAUAAAUGGUACUGUUUACAUAAUUAGUGCCGUCAUUUAGGAUUUGUAACUGUGUGUUUGUUAAAAAGAUCUCUUAAAUUCUAACCUAAGAAAACACUGAGUUUUAGGAGCUUCACUUUUUUCCCAAAAACCAAAUUAUUAAAAAUAAAUAAAAUCUCAAAUUAAAAUCAAAAACAAAAAAAAACUAAACUAUAGCACCAAAUUUAAUUCAUAUUUUUUCUUACAAAAUAUUAAAAAAAUAAUUACAAAAAAACAACAACAUUCCAUUUAAACAAAUUAUAAAAAAACUUAAAUUGUGAUAUUAGAAUCAAAACCAACAAAGCCCAAAAUCAAAAAAAAAAUCAAAACUGAAAAUUUACUGGACACCCUCCCGGUGUGCCAAGAUUUUAAUAGAUCUAUGUGCAGUCGGUUAAAUUGUAGAUUCGUUCAUUUAACUGAAGACGAUAAGGUUGAAGUAUGUGAUCAACGUGUGGCUGUGUGUCGUGAUCAUGCCAAUGGUCAGUGCAGACGUAAACAAUGUAAAUAUUAUCACAUACCAAUUGUAUUGCCGCCCGCUAAUAUAAUGGCAGCAUUAAUAAAUGGCAACAACAGCAACAACAACAAUAAUAAUAACAACAUUAGCAGCAACAAUAAUAUUAAUACACACAAUCAGCAGCAACAACAGCAAACUACACUUCAACAGCAACAACAACAUGACUAUGAACAACAAUUAAAACUAACAACAACAUGUGGUGUUGUAAUACCCUCAACAACGGCUACAAUUGCAACCACAAAUUAUAAUAAUAAUUUAAUUAUAAUUGAACCACAUCAUCAGCAACAUUUCUAUACACCGGCAACGAUAAGUUAUGCAACAACACAACAUCAACAACAGCAAUCAUGUUUACCCACAGCAAAAGCAUUAACAACACAAACAAAUUUGUUUCAUCAUCAACAACAACAACAACAACAUGCAACGACAGCUCUCUCACAUAUCUAUCAUACCUCACAACAGCAACCACAACAAUAUCAACAGUUACAAUAUACAACUGCCAAUACAACUUACAAUAGUCAUCAUCAUCAACAACAGCAACAACAUCCACAAAUUCACUACCAACAACAAUAUCAACAUCAUCAACAACAGCAACACCACAGUCACCACCACCAUCAUCAUCAACAUCAUCCUCACCAGCAUCAUCACAUCACCUCACCUUAUUCCCCCUCAGCUGCCUCAACGUCAUCGUCCGCCUCCUCAUCGUUAUCAUGCUCGAAGGCCUGCUCUCCCACCCUCUCGACGACUACGACCCACUCAACAACAUCCACAGCCACAAUACCCACACCAAUGGCAGCUAAUUAUUUGCCUUUAGCUGCAGCUGCACCUCUACAACCACCACCACCAGCUACAGCAACAACAACACCAACUCCCAAUUAUCUUAAGGCCCCACCACAUCCAACGCCUAAUGCCGCCGCUACGGCCAUGACAAUAGCCAUAGCAACUCAAGCACCGCCUCUGGUCUUGGGUACAACACUCUCCAACAGCAAUUACAAUACGAAUUGCAUUCCAAUUUUAACACAACCAACCGAUGUUACAACAUUGACCGGUGCUGCUGCAGCACUAACACAACAUCCAGGACAUCCAACACAUGCCUUCAUUUAUCCGGCUACAGCACAGCCUCAACAUUAAGGACUAAAUGGCUAUGUAUGUGUUUCAGGGAGUUUUAUUACUUAAAGUAAGUUCUCUCAAUUUUGUUAAAAAGUUUUUAAGAAAAAAUGAAAUUAUCGAUGAGGAAAAGAAAACUACUAAGUAUAGGAAAUUUUUCUCUUUCUCUCUCUCUUUAAUAUAUAAGAGAAAACUAGACAGCACUGUUAUUAAGCCGUUAUAAACUGUUAUUAUCCCCUGAGUUACUGAGCAGCAGUAAUAAGUUUCCAAACUAAUUUUUUAAAGAACUCAGUUUAAGAGCAGCAUUUCCUAUAGAAAAUUUCUGGGUUUAAGAGCAACGUUUUCGAAAGAAAAUUGCUCAGUAUUUGAGCAACUCAGAUUCUCAGCAACUUUUUCUAUAGAAAAUUGCUUGGUUUCUGACCAACUUUUCCUUUAGAAAAUUGCUUAUCUUCUGAGCAAUAUUUUCUACUCAGUAUCUGAGCAACUUUAGAAAAUUGCUCAGUUUCUCAGCAACUUUUCCUGCAGAAAAGUUGCUGAGAAAACUGUUUUUAGAGAAAAGUUUUUGUAUAGAAAUUUUCAGUAAUAUUUUCUAUAGAAAGUUGCUUGGUUUCUCAGCAACAUUUCCUAAAUAAAAGUGUUCCGUUUUUUUACAGAUUUUCCUAUAGAAAAUUGCUUAGUUUCUGAGCAACUUUUUCUAUAGAAACUUUUUUAUAUGAAAAUGCUCAGUUUAUGAUAGAUUUUCCUUUAGAACAUUUUUCAGUUUCUGACAGUAAGAUUGCUUAGUUUCUGGGCAACUUUACCUAUAAAAAAACUUUUUCAGUUACCGAGCCACUUUUCGGUAGUUUCUCAGCAACUUUUUCUAUAGUAAACUACUUAGUUUCUGAUCAACUUCUCCUAUAGCAAAUUAAUCAGUUUCUGUGCAACUUUAUUUUAUAGAUAAUUGCUCAAUUUUUGAGCAACUUUGUUGUUGAAAUUUCCUAUAGAAAAUUGCUUAGUUUUUAAGCAACUUUUCCUAGAGAAUAUCACUCUUUUUCUGAGCAACUUUUUCAAUAGAAAUUUGUUCUGUUUCUGAGCAACUUUUCCUAUGGAAAACUACACAGCUUCUGAGCAACAGUAAAUACUGAGUUUCUAAGCAACUAUUUCCAUGGAAUCAUGAGCAACUUUUCCUAUAGGAUAUUGCUCUGUUAUUGAGCAACUUUUCCUAUAAUAAGCUAGUCGGUUUUACCGUUGGACAAUCGCUCUGUUGCUGAGCAAAAUUUUCUAUAAACAACCGCUCAGUUUUUGGGCAACUUUUCCUCUGUUUCUGAGAAACUUUUCCAUAGAAAUUUGUUCUGGUUCUAGGCAACUUUUCUUAUAGAAAUCUGAUCAUAUUCUGAGCAACUUUUGCUACAGUAAAUACUGAGUUUCUAAACAACUAUUUUGAUGGAAUCAUGAACAGUUUCUGAGCAAUUUUUCCUAUAGAAUAUUGCUAUGUUAUAGAGCAACUUUUCAUAUAAUAAACUAAACAACUAUUUGCAUGGAAUCAUAGACAGUUUCUGGGUAACUUUUCCUAUAGAAUAUUGUUCUUUUCCUGAGCAACUUUUCCUAUAGAUUAUUGCUCUCUUUCUCAGCAACUUUUCCUAUAGAUAAUUGCUCUCUUUCUGAGCAACUUUUUCUAAAGUAAUCUGCUCAGUUUUUGAUCAGCUCUUCCUUUAGAUAAUUGUUCAGUAUUUGAGCAACUUUUCCUGUGUUUCUGAGCAACUUUUCCUAUCGAAAUUUGUUCUGUUACUGAGCAACUUUUCUUAUAGAAAACUACUCUGUUUCUGAGCAACUUUUGGUACAGUAAACAAUUCAGUUUCUAAACAACUAUUUUUAUGGAAUCAUAGACAGCUUCUGAUUAACUUUUCCUUAAGUAAUGUACUCAGUAUUUAGGAACAACAUUUCCUUUUUACAAUUUGUUCAGUUUUUGAGCAAUUUUGCAUCUCUUUCUGAGCAACUUUUCCUUUCGAAAUGUGUUCAGUUUCUGAGCAACUUUUGAUACAGUAAAAUAUUCAGUUUCUAAACAACUAUUUUCAUGAAAUCAUGGACAGUUUCAGAGCCACUUUUCCUCUAAAAUAUUGCUCUCUUUCUAAGCAACAUUUUCUAUAGAAUAUUGCUCUCUUUCUGAGCAACUUUUCCUAUAGAAUAUUGCUCUCUUUCUCAGCAACUUUUCCUAAAGUAAUCUACUGAAUAUUUAGGAGCAACUUUUCCUAUAGACUACUGUUCAGUUUUUGAGCAACUUUUCCUGUACUGCUGAGCAACUUUUCCUAUCGGAAUUUGAUCAUUUACUGAGCAACUUUUCCUAUAGAAAACUGCUCAGUUUCUGAGUAACUUUUGUUUCCUGAAACCAUAGACAGUUUGUAUGGAGAACUGCAAAACAGUGCUGUCAAGUUUAAAGAGUUUGUUUUUUUUUAACUCCCUUGAAAAGCGCAGAUCUAUAGCCUUAUAUAUCUUAAAGAAGGCAUUUGUUUUUAACACUCUGCAACAAAUUCUAAAACAACAAAACUAAACUUUAUUUAAGUUUUCUUUUGUAUAAAAAAACAAAUACUUAAUAUACAUUAAAACUUAAAUGAUAAAAAAACCAAUGUUCAUAAUUAUAAAAAUCAUUAAAUGUUUAAACCAAAAAAAAAAAACAAAAAUAAUUCAUUUUAUACAUUAGAAAUCACAAACAAAACAUUAUUAGAAUUUAACUAAGAAAUCAAUCACCUAAGAAUAUGCGUUUUUUGUUUUAGAAAUUAUUUAAUAAUUUAACUAACAAAAACAAUUUUAAACACCUACAAAAAUACACUGAAAGAAAAACAAAAAAAACGUACUUAUUAGUAUUAAUAUAUAAAAAACACACUGAAACAAAUAGUUACACUUAAAGAAAACACUUAACAAACACACACUACAAUAAUGAUAAAAAUUUAAUAUGUAUAAUUAAAGAAAAAAAAAACAUUUUUACAUUAAAAUUUUACUCUAAUAAAUAAAAUAAAAAAUUAUACAAAAAUUUUCUUUAAAUGUU